CAUGGUGACAGGGACAGGUCACACCUGGGCAUGGUGACAGCCACAGGUCACAGCUGAGCACAAGUGACAGUGACAGGUCACACCUGGGCAUGGUGACAGCCACAGGUCACAGCUGGGCAUGGUGACAGGGACAGGUCCCAGCUGAGCACAGUGACAGGGACAGGUCACAGCCGGCCAUGGUGACAGUGACAGGUCCCAGCCAGGCACGAUGACAGACCCCUGUGCCCGGGAGCUCGUGUCACGCUGUGCCCUGGGGGCUCCUGCACAGCCGGCAGUCCCUGCUGCAGACCUGGCUCCCUGCAGCCCACGCUGCAGUGUCUGAGCUGCACACACAUCCCCACACACCCUCAUUCCUGCACACUGCAAUUGCAGCUCAGCCUGCCCGCAGGAGCAGCCACACUGCCUCGGGCAACCAAGGCUCACCCAAGGAAUCAUUUUCCAGGCUCCCUUUGAAGCUCACAAGGCUCCAAACACACUCCCAAAAAGCCCAGACCGCUGGUUUAAGGUGGUGCGGCGCUGCCUGGAGCUGGGAGCAGCCUCGGCGCGCUUCGUCAGCGGCACCAUGGAGGACACGGCCUUCGCCCAGCACGUGGUGAGGGAGGCCCAGACCUCGCUGGCUCUGUGGCCUCCUGUCAUCCUGUUGCAGUGUCACAGCCCUGGAUUUCAUCAGCCCAGUGCCGGGGAUCCGGCAGCCCUGGCCACUGCGGCCAUGGGUCACGGCUCAGAAAUGCUCCAGCCCAGCUCCAUGUGGAGCGCUCCCUCUCCCUCCCCGGCCCACAGACAGCUCAGGGGAGGCCUUGACAUGCUGAUUCUUAACCACGUCGGUGCCUCCUACUUUGGCUUUUUUGAUGGGGACGUUGAGCACGUACGAAAGCUCCUGGAAAUCAACUUCCUCAGCUACGUGGCCAUGACCACGUCAGCCCUGCCCAUGCUGAAGGAGAGCGAGGGCAGCAUCGUGGUGGUUUCAUCCAUGGCAGGUAAAGUCGGGUUCCCCUUUACCGUCCCCUACUCUGCGACUAAGUUUGCCCUGGAUGGAUUUUUCAGCUCCCUGAGGCAGGAGUUCACCAUUCAGAGCAUUAAUGUUUCCAUCACGCUCUGCAUCCUCGGCUUCAUCGACACGGAGCGCGCAGUGCGCGCUGCCGCGGAGGUGCUGCAGGAGCGGCCGGCGCCGCGGGACGAGUGCGCGCUGGAGAUCCUCAAGGGCGCAGCGCUGCGCCGGAGGGAGCUCUACUACCGCUACAGCUCCACGCGGCUGCCGCUGCUGCUGCGGGACUGCGCCGCCGAGCUCCUCGAUUACCUGGUGCGGAGCCGCUACCGCCUGCCCGCGGCCCCCGGCGCCCCCCGCCCGCCGCACUGAGCCGCGGCCCCCGGAGGGUCCCCGGCCCCCGGGAGGGUCCUCGGCCACCGGGAAGGUCCCCGGCCAGCCCCGUUCCCGGCCUCCAUCGCCACCGCCCGGUUCGUGAUGCGCUGGCGGCACCCGCAGGGACAGAGCGGGGCUCGCAGCGGCGGCUCCGUGCCCUGCUCGCCCCGCCCGGCCGCGGAACACUAAUUAUUGAGCUAAUUAUUAAAUAAAGUGUA